AUGAUCACAGAGGUGUCUGGUAUCAAGGUGCUCUUGCUCGACCAGGAUACCACUCCCAUCAUCUCCACUUCCUUUACCCAGUCUUCUCUCCUUGGUCACGAAGUUUAUCUCACAGAUCGUGUCGACAAUGCAAGCCGAGACCGUAUGCGUCAUCUGAACUGUAUCGCGCUCCUUCGGCCCACACCUCAGUCUAUUGCUGCUUUGACUCGCGAGCUACGCCAGCCACGUUACAAGUCCUACUGGCUCUAUUUCACUAAUGUGCUUCAGAAACAAGAUAUUGAGCUUCUCGCAGAGGCUGACGAGCACGAGGUGGUCAAGGAGAUCCAGGAGUUCUUUGCCGACUAUCUUCCAGUCAAUCCCGACCUCUUCUCACUCAACAUCCAAACUCCACCUGCACGCAUUUGGGCAGACAACCCUUCAAAGUGGGACACACAGGGUCUCGACCAACACGUCAAGGGUCUCUUGGCCGUUCUCCUAAGCCUGAAGAAGAGGCCCUCCAUUCGAUACGAAAGGAUGAGCACACUUGCCAAGAAGCUGGCAGAAGAACUUUCACAUCAGAUUAACGAUGGCCAGUCCAGCCUGUUCGACUUCAGAAGGACAGAGAACGCGCCGCUGCUUCUAAUCCUCGAUCGCAGAAACGACCCCGUCACACCUCUCCUCACUCAAUGGACGUAUCAAGCUAUGGUUCACGAGGUUCUCGGCAUCAAGAACGGUCGCGUUAGUCUUGCUGAUGCAGACGGCAUCCGUCCAGAGCUACAGGAGAUCGUCCUAUCUGGCGAUCAAGAUCCCUUCUUCUCCGCCAAUCUCUUCGACAAUUUCGGUGAUCUGGGCGCCUCGAUCAAAAAGUACGUGCUCGAGUAUCAGUCAAGGACGGCUUCUAACGCGACCAUCGACACCGUCGCGGAUAUGAAACGCUUUGUCGAGGAGUAUCCUGAAUUCCGCAAACUCGGCGGCAACGUCAGCAAGCAUGUCGCGCUGCUCGGCGAACUCAGUCGCCGCGUCGAGAGAGAUUCGCUACUAGAGAUAUCGGAGCUGGAGCAGUCCCUUGCUAGCGUUGAGAGUCAUGCUUCUGAUCUCAAAGCCGUACAGUCCAUGAUCGAGUCGCCAAAGUUCUCACAUGAUGCCAAAAUUCGCGUUGCUAUCCUCUAUGCGUUGCGCUACCAAAAACUGCCGGGCAACCAAGUCCAAAAGAUUGUCCAAGAUCUGCUCAAGGUGGGAGUGCCUGAAAGUCGCGCUGCCCUCGUCUUCGUCACACUCAACAUCGCAGGAGCGGACCAACGCCAAGACGACUUGUUUGCCAACGAAAACUUCUUCUCGCGAGGCAGGAGCGCACUCAAAGGACUCAAAGGCGUCGAAAACGUUUACACACAGCAUACUCCGCAUCUCGUCCAAACCAUCGAUAACCUCAUGCGAGGUAGAUUGAGAGACACCAGCUAUCCCUUUGCCUCUCCCAGCCAAGGUGCACCACCACCUAAUUCCGCCGAGCGUCCACAAGAUGUCAUCCUGUUCAUCAUCGGUGGCGCAACCUACGAAGAGGCACGUUCUAUAGCCCUCUUGAACGCUCAACAUCAGCGUGGCGCGCAGCCGGGUGCUCAGCAGUCUGCUGUCGGUGGCGUGGCUGGCACUGGGACGCGCUUUCUCCUCGGCGGCAGCUCAAUACAUAACAGCAGGUCGUAUCUCGAUAUGGUCCAAGACGCGGCCUCCCGCUUUGACGGCCAAGUUGCCAAACCUCCAGCUAAUUUGGGCAUCGGAGGUCCGGCACUUAAUCUCCAGAUAGGUCCAGUCAAUCUAGCUAUGGGUGGCAGACAGAACGGGUCAAGGCAAGAUGGAUCCGUCGCCGGAGCUGCCGCUAACCUCCUCGAUCCUGAAUACCUCGGCGAAGCCGCAAGCGGCGCCAAAGACAUAGCAACUGACCUCUUUGGGCGCGUUAGGAGGGGUGUCGAAGGUACCAUCGGCGGCUUGCAGUGA